UCUCGAAACCGUCGAGCAAUCGAGUUUUGUUGCAUUGUGGUUAUUAUUUCCCACUUGAUGCUGUAUUUAGUCAAUUUUUAUAAAUUCGACCAAAAGAGUGGGAAAUUCUCGUGUUUCGCAAUACUUUGUUCUUUUUCCUGUCAUUCCAUUUAGGUUUGUGACGACUUUUGUUAUUACUUUAAUUGCUAUUAAAAGCAACACAGCGUGUGAACAAUUUAAAAGGAAGAGGAAAAAAGUGUAGUGGGGAUAUAUAGGAAUUAGACUUUAGUUUGAGGUACAGUGUGAACGCCAGAAGAAUUCAUCAAAGAUCAGAAAUAGUGAAACAUCCGACGACUGUGGAGACAUUCGUUCGUGUCUGUGACAAUAACGCAUCGUGAUUAAAGUGUAAAAUUUCUUUAGUUAAUACACGUGAAACAUGAUGAGCAUACCUGCUUCGGCACGCUUGGUAAACCUGGCCAGGAAGUCAUGCAUCAGAUUCCUCAGUACCAGACAACAGCAGAAUGAGGAACUGUCCAGGACGUGUGAAUAUGAGCGUUUUUAUUCUUAUCCAGCGGAGCCGGGAUUCGUGAAGAAUUCACCUUUCGAGAGCAUCAAUAUUCCCAACUGCACUAUCGACCAAUAUGUGUGGAGCAAUAUACAACAGUGGGAAAAUAAAGUGGCUGCGGUCUGCGGUAUAACAGAUCGUCAGUACACGUAUGCGGAGAUGCGGGACCACUGUGCGGCACUGGCCGUGCGUCUGCAGAAAAUGGGCCUGAAGCAGGGCACUUCGAUUGCUGUGUGCCUGCCAAACCUGCCUGAGUUCCCCAUCGCCGCUCUGGGAGCACUCGAGGCGGGUCUCGUGGUUACGACAGUAAAUCCAAUUUACACUCCUGAUGAAAUUUGUCGUCAACUGUUGGAUGCUGAUGCUAAUUUCGUCAUCACAACGGUGGAGCGCUUCAAUGUUGUUAAAGAGGCUUGCGCUCUGUCCAAGAAAUCCAUCAUGAUCGCUGCAGUUCGCCACAAAGCCACUGAACCUUUGCCCGAAGGCGCUAUUGAUUUCGCCGAGUUGAUAAAUCCACACGGAGUGGACUUCUCCUCACUCCAGCGUCCGAAUAUCUCCAUCGAGGACAUCGCUUUUCUACCCUACUCAUCAGGCACCACGGGCCUGCCCAAGGGUGUUCAACUCACACACCGUAACAUUACAUCAAACUGCGAAAUGCUGAAAGCCAAAACCGGUGACAUAUCCAUCAUUCAGCCCACUACUUCGGAUUAUCAGGACGUCCUUCCGUGCGUUCUACCUUUCUUCCACAUCUACGGACUCACCGUGACCCUGAUUUCAAAAUUGUGGCACGGAUGCAAGAUCGUCACACUACCCAGAUUCCAUCCAGACAGUUUCCUGAAUGUGAUGACAAAGUACAAAGGGUCUGUUCUUCAUCUUGUUCCGCCAAUCAUAAUCAUGCUUGGACAUCACGAUAAAGUACAGCCUCGUCAUACUGAAAGCAUUCGCAUUGUAAUGUCUGGAGCUGCUCCAAUGGGUGCCCCAGAUGCUGAGCGCUUUACCUCUCGUGCUCCAGGUGUGGAAUUCGUACAGGGAUACGGCCUGACAGAAACAUCUCCAGUUGUGCUAAUGAGCUCCGUGGGCAGCAAUAACUAUGCCUCCGUGGGUGAACCAUUGCCCAAUACUCAGGCUAAGGUAGUGGACAUCAGUGACCCCACUAGGACGGGUUUGGGGCCGAACAAGGUGGGUGAGCUACUCGUGCGUGGACCCCAAAUCAUGCGAGGCUACCAUAAUCGCAAGGAUGCCACUGAUGAGAUGUUGCAUGAGGAUGGUUGGCUCCGAACCGGCGACAUGGCGUACUAUGACGAGAACAAUCAUUUCUACAUCACAGAUCGUCUCAAGGAGCUUAUCAAGGUGAAGGGCUUCCAAGUGCCACCCGCCGAACUGGAAGAAUUGCUGCGCGACCAUCCCAAAGUGGCAGAUGCUGCCGUGAUCGGGAUUCCACAUCCGGUGAAUGGUGAAGUGCCAAGAGCGUUCAUUGUGAGCAAAACUGGCUCAGAAGUGACUGAAAAGGAGCUGCAGGAGUUUGUGGCCGGCAAAGUAGCCUCCUACAAGCGUCUCGAUGGUGGCGUUGAAUUUCUUGAGGCAAUCCCAAAGAGUGCCACGGGCAAGAUCUUGCGACGCGAAUUAAAACUCAAGUAUUGUUCGUAG